CCCGCCCCUUCCCCCUCUGAGCCAAUCCAGACAGGCCUGCGAAUGGCAUGGCUGCCCCCAGUUUCUCAGGCUCUGGGCACACGGCUAAUGCUACAAGGAGGUUCUGGCGGUUUCCCAGUAUUCGCGCCGGACGCUAGGUUUGUUAGGUCCGCUGUCCUGGGCUCCAGUCGCGCCGCAGGACUUGGGCUCUAAGAAGAAUGGAUCCUUUGGAUACGUGGGACUUCUCCUCGCCUUUGAUAUCAUUAUGGAUAAACAGGUUUUACAUAUAUUUGGGCUUAGCCUUUGGCUUUAGCCUUUGGAUAUGUUUCCAGAUUGUUAUCAGGAAGCAGGACAAGAACUCACAGGAAAAGACUGUUCAAAAUGCAUCACGGAAUUUGAUGACCAAUGGCUCUCUCUCUCUUGAAAGGAAGGAAGUCUUUGUGUCUGGAGUGAAGAUUUUCUAUGGUUCCCAGACUGGCACAGCAAAGGGGUUUGCAGCAAUUCUGGCAGAAGCAGUGACCUCCCUUGACCUGCCUGUGGCAGUGGUGGAUCUGAAGGCAUAUGAUCCGGACGAUUAUCUGCUAGAAGAGGUCACUAGUAAGAGUGUCUGUGCCUUCCUGGUUGCCACCUACACGGAUGGUCGCCCGACGGAGAGCGCAGAGUGGUUCUGCAAGUGGCUGGAGGAGGCAGCCAGUGACUUUCGAUUUGGCAAAACCUACCUGAAGGGUAUGCGAUAUGCCGUGUUUGGCCUGGGAAACUCCGCCUAUGCCAGCCACUUCAACAAGGUGGGGAAGAACGUGGACAAGUGGCUGUGGAUGCUGGGAGCUCAUCGCGUGAUGGCCCGUGGGGAGGGUGACUGCGAUGUGGUUAAAAGCAAACAUGGCAGCAUCGAGGCCGACUUCACAGCUUGGAAGGCCAAGUUCAUCUCCCGACUACAGGCACUCCGUCAGGGAGAGAGGAAGCCCUGCAGUGGUAACUGCAGGAAAGGCAAGUGCGAGUCUCAUCAGCGCGGCACAGGGCAAGCGGAGCCAGGGCCCCAGGCUCAGGAGGGAUUUCGUCGGAGAGAUGCCGAGGAGGAGGAGCUCCUUGGGAGCACCAGUGAGGAGGAGUCUGGCUCAGAGGACCAGCAGAGUGGCAGUUCUGUCAUUGACGUCGAAGACCUCGGCCAAGUGAUGGAUCGUGUGAAGAAAGAAAAGAGAGAAAAGGCGCAGCAGGAAGGGGAAACUGGCGUGUUGAGGAGUGCAGUGAAGAACGAAGCCAAUGAACCAAGAGCUAUGAUAACUCCCGCUCUCCGAGAAGCCCUUACUAAACAAGGUUAUCAGCUGAUUGGGAGCCACUCUGGGGUGAAGCUUUGCAGGUGGACAAAGUCCAUGCUCCGAGGGAGAGGAGGUUGCUAUAAACAUACAUUCUAUGGCAUUGAAAGCCAUCGCUGCAUGGAAACUACCCCAAGCUUGGCAUGUGCGAAUAAAUGUGUCUUCUGUUGGCGGCACCACACCAAUCCAGUGGGUACUGAAUGGCGGUGGAAGAUGGACCAGCCUGAUAUCAUCUUAAAGGAAGCCAUCGAAAACCAUCAGAACAUGAUCAAGCAGUUUAAAGGAGUACCAGGUGUCAAGGAAGAACGCUUUGAGGAAGGAAUGACAGUCAAACACUGCGCCUUGUCCCUUGUGGGAGAACCCAUCAUGUACCCAGAAAUCAACAGGUUUGUGAAGCUGCUGCACGAGUGUAAAAUCUCCAGCUUCCUGGUCACAAACGCACAGUUCCCUGCGGAAAUCAGGAACCUCAAACCAGUUACCCAACUAUAUGUCAGUGUGGACGCUAGCACCAAAGAGAGCCUGAAGAAAAUUGACCGCCCGCUCUUCAAGGAUUUCUGGCAAAGAUUCCUUGACAGUUUAAAAGCCUUGGCUGAAAAGCAACAACGUACUGUAUACAGACUGACACUGGUGAAAGCGUGGAACGUGGAUGAGCUCCAGGCCUAUGCCCAGCUGGUGUCCCUGGGGAGCCCCGACUUCAUCGAGGUGAAGGGCGUUACCUACUGUGGAGAGAGUUCAGCGAGCAGUCUUACCAUGGCCAACGUGCCCUGGCACGAGGAAGUGGUGCGUUUUGUCUCGGAGUUGGUGGGUCUGAUCCCCGACUACGAAAUUGCUUGCGAACACGAACAUUCCAACUGCCUCCUGAUAGCUCACAAGAAGUUUAAGAUUGGCAGAGAAUGGUGGACGUGGAUCGAUUAUAACCGCUUCCAGGAGCUCAUCCAGGAAUACGAAGACAGUGGUGGAUCAAAAACGUUCAGCGCAAAGGAUUACAUGGCCAGAACGCCUCACUGGGCACUAUUUGGUGCCAGUGAAAGAGGCUUUGAUCCCAAGGACACAAGAUAUCAGAGAAAGAACAAAGCAAAGGAUAUUUCCGGAUGUUGAGAUUAUCUGAAUGUAGGAUCCUGAAGGACACAAACCGAUGGCCUCAGAAGGUUCUCGGAUUCCACUGUGAUUUUCCUAAGGACAAUGACCCAAAUGAUAUCUCACACGGAGAAGAAUAAGGAAGAACACGGGGACACCACUCACACCGCAGGCUCAGGAGACGGCACCCAACACUUUGAGUGGCGGGGGCUCAGCCUCACCAUUUCUUUACAGAACUCAGUCCUUUUUCUGAGUUUACUUUUGAAAGAAAAUGAUUUUGAGGAGGGUGUACACAGUCAUUAUUAGAAUUUAACUGAGUUUGGGACUAGAAUUUGGAAGACGCCCUCGGAUGCCAUUCCUGGGCAUGUCAUGCAGAAUGAACACCUGUUCCUCUUCCUCCGUCGUGGGCUGCUGGCCUUUGCUGAUCGUGUUACCCUGAGGCGGCAUAUCUGCUCCCUCCCUUUCCUACACCUUCAGAUAACAUCUCCUGAAAGUAAUUUAAGUGGUCAUAAUUAUCAAUUAUUUUAAGUACUGCAUGGAUUUCUUUAAAUUUUUGCUUCAUACCAACCCUUCGGAGAUUGAGUUGGAUCUAAAACUGUCCCAAGUCUCAUUUCUUUCCCAUCCAGAUUGCUUGUAGAAGGUAAUAUGUGGGCUGGAUUCGAGUAGAACCUCCAGCCGAAGGAAUUGUCCCAUGAUGUCACUGAAUAAUUAGUCUCUAAACUUUGAAAUAAUGAGCACAAUUUGCUUUCAGUUUAAAAAGUCAGUGUUGAAGGCCCUCGGCACUGCACAUCUGGCGGGUUUCCCUCUUCUUUCAUUCUUGGAGCCUUCGCUCCUUUUUAGCAAUCUGUUCUGUAAGGUUCCAGUUUUCUUUCUAAUUGAAAAUGUCAUUAAAUACUUCAUAGUUUUUGAAAGGUGUUACAGGUGUUUUAAAAAUUCCUUUAUCCUAAAAAUUUAAUUAAUAAAAUGUCUUUUGUGAAGACUUGGACCACACAUUGUCUUCUGAGCACUUUCUGGUCCUGUGGUUCUCAGCCCUUUCAGACCCACCUCCUCCUCAUAGAUCAGCUGUUUUGUAACAUGCUCUAUUCUCUGCUGAAGUAAAAUUCAAUGAGGUAGAAUCUGCCUAACUCAGUUGAAAACUGGGCACUGUAUUUAUUGCUAAAGGAUAGAGUCGAAACACAUCUCUCUUGUGCCACAGGAUGAGACAGGGACAAAGGAUCACAGGAUUCAGAUGUUCUUGUUGAACCCAGCACACCUGCAAGCGUGUUCAUUCUCCCAUUCUGCUGACCACUGAGACAAACUAGAGGCAGCAGUGGUCUAGGCCAGUGAGGCAGGGCCUCGCUGGAUAGAGAUGGAUAAACACCUCCAAGUAGGAUGAAGUGUUACAAAGCAAGAACUCAUGCUAAGCAGCACACAGAUGGGCUCCUGUUUGUGACAGUUAACUGAGCAGACAGCUGUUAGUAAACGCUUUGGGGGCUGCCCUGAGGAGCAGGGCAGGAAGCAGAGCAUGCUGGGCUUUGGAUCAUCCCUCAGCCUCUUUUUCAACCAGGCAACUCUGCUUUUAUUUUUUAUGUAUUGAGGUUCUGCUUAAGAUGUGAUUUGAACGAAGAUAAUUCUGUUGCUUCAAAGAAAAAAAAAACAGCAAACCUCUCACCUCCAGAAUGAGCCUUUCUGGCUCCAUUACCUUCAGGUACAUAAAUGAGUAAUUCUUCUUGCCUUCCACCCUGGAAAUGUUUGCUUUAUAUUCAAGCAAACAUUCAAAAAGAAACCCAAGACAAAAACAUGGCGUAUCCAUCCCAGUCACAACAAAAAAAUUUUUUAAUGCCCAGGGGGAAAGAAUGUAAUGGGAUCUCUGUGAAAAAAAUUUCAGUGUUUCCUGAGCAGUAUUAACGCACAAGAGAUUGGGAAGCUUGAAUAUUCUAAGAAGGUGAGCUGUUUGAAAAAUAGCAUUCUAGAUGUCCAGUGGAAGUUAUUGUUGGAGGCUGGGCAAAUGAUUGCAACAUUCUGCUGAAAACUUAGCCAGGUAAGAAUAGUUACAAAGUUCUAGAAAGGAAAAUUGCCUUAUAAGAUAUAAAACACAUUAUCUAAAAUAAUUAAAACCACUUAAAACAAGAGAUCAACAUCCAAAAUGACAAGAGUAAGAAUCUCUGCUUAGGAGUUCCCGUCAUGGCACAGUGGUUAACGAAUCCAACUAGGAACCAUGAGGUUGCGGGUUUGAUCCUGGCCUUGCUCAUUGGGUUAAGGAUCCGGCAUUGCCGUGAGCUGUGGUGUAGGUUGCAGAUGCAGCUCGGAUCCCACGUUGCUGUGGCUCUGGCGUAGGCCAGUGGCUAUAGCUCCAAUUCAACCCCUGGCCUGGGAAUCUCCAUAUGCCGCAGGAACGGCCCAAGAAAUGGCAAAAAGACAAAAAAAAAAAAAAAAAAAAAAGAAUCUCUGCUUACUCUCCUUCUAAAAUAGUGAAAAUAUUGGCAAAACAACUAAAAUCAAUUAAUUUUAGAACUCUAACAAUUUAACCAAAGGUUUGUAUUGAGCUGAAAAUCAUCUAUUAAGAGAAACUACUGAACCUUAAUAAAAUGAACAGCUUACAUCCAUCAGAAAGCAUGGGGGCUGGAAGAUGGGUUGAUAUCUUAAAAGAACUAGAAGAAAAGACUUUGAACCAAAAAUUCUAUAUCUAGCUAAAUCGUCCUUUACAAGUAGAGAAAAAAUUGAGGAAUUUUCCAGAUAAAAAGUAAGAGAAUUUAUCACCAGCAGACCUGCCUACAAGGAGGAGUCCGCAGGCCCUGAUGAAAAUGUGUUAGACACUAACUUGAAACCAGACGAAGAAAUAAAGAGCACCGGUAAACAUCACUAUGUGAAUUUUAUAAAAGACAAUAUAGAUGUAUUUUUGUUUGUGACCCUCCUAUCUGCUUUAAAAGAUAGCUGCCUAAAGUCAAUAAUUAUAAACUGUUGAUGGACUUAGAUGCAAUUUGUAUAAUAACAGUAACAGCACAAAAUUAAGUGGGUCUGAUUCCAAAGCAGAUUGUUUUAAGAUGCUAAUUUUAAUCUCAAGAGCAGCCUCUAAGAAUAAAUUUAGAAAUUAUAGGUAAAUAUAUAUGUGUAAAAUAUAUAUUUUUAUAUAAUACAUAUUUUACAUAUUUUAUAUGUAAAAUAAAUAUAUAAUAUAUAACUU